GACUGGAUCGGGUAUAAAGAGCAGAGUUUUGCAACCAGAAGUCAUCACAAAGUUUAAACGCUUCAACGUUUCGUUAACAGCACAGUCCAACAAACCACAUAACCAACAAGAUGCCUUGCAAGGGAUGCGGAAACAACUGCCAGUGCUCAGCCGGCAAGUGCGGAGGAAAUUGCGCCGGAAACAGCCAAUGUCAGUGCGCCGCCAAGACAGGAGCCAAGUGCUGCCAGGCCAAGUGAUUGCCAUCACACAUUUAUCCUAAUUAGUUUUUAAUAGUUGUUACAAAUCUCCGACUGAAGCUGAAUAAAACCCAUUAUAAUGUAAAAGAAAA